CGGAGUUGGGAACAGAAGUUCAUUUACUGAUCAGAGAGGGUCCUGAGAGGCCGCGCUGCUCCUUCUCCUGCAUUCACUGGGGAGUCUUGCUCUGCAAGUGCAGUUGCAGGCAGUUCGGGAGCACACGCCCCAGACCUGCCGCCCACCGCUUCUGUGCCUCUGCAUCUGCCACCGUGGGUCCCAAGUUCCAGCGACUCCCGUCCCAUACUCUCCGCUUUGCUCCCCGUGUGUCCUGAAGAAAGGGGACCUGCUCCCGAGAUGAGAUGUUCCACAGCAACUCUCUGCUAUGGCCUGGGAUAGCAAUAGAAGAUAGCCCAAGUCUUUGGGCCCCUGUGACCAAGUGGGAGACCCAGAAGAAGCUCCUGGCUCCUGGCUUCAGAUUGGCACAGCUCCAUUGUGGCCAUCAGGAAGUGAACCCGUGGAUGGAAGACCUCUCUCUCUGUAACUCUGCCUGUCAAAUAAAUAAAAAUAAAUCUUUUUUUUUUUUAAAAAGAUGAUGUAUCUGAUAGAAGUCCAGUGGGUCUCUAGGUAUACAGAAAGGGGUUCCAAAAUUUCUGUAGACAACUGGUAUCAUACAAGAUGGCCAUGGGCUGGAGAUGGGUGUUCAGACCAUUUGAGCUGAAUUGUAUAUGAGCUGAAUGUAGGUUGCACCUCUGUCACUGUUUACUCAUCUCUAAGAUGAGUGUAGCAGCAAUACUAAUGAAAUAUCCUUACUGUGAGAUGUGUGCAGGCUGACUUACACUGUGUUGCAAUUGCAUUUAUGGGGUUUCUGGUGUAUCUUCUUUAAAUGAAGUUUCUGGUAUCCUACACUGUAUAGCCUGUCCAGUGCUACUCAUUUGAGGUUACUGAACUUACACAAUACCUAGUUUCUGGGAACAUGGAAGUUUGGGUACUGGGGAACAGUCCCAUUUCCUUUGGAAGUUAGUAAUUGUUAUGGUAUUUGAAGAAGGGAGCUUCACACAUAGGAAUCUUUUCUAACAGAAUACAACUUAAUGCUCUCUGAGACAACACCUUAAGGCUCAGAGCAGAGACAAGAGUCAUUGAAAUGUAAAGAUCCUAGUUGCAUGGUCCAAGCAGUUAUGGAUCAUACUGACCAGAGUGAGCAAGAUAUACUUGAUAUUACCUUACCUCAUCCAUUAUUUUCUUUUUUUUUGACAGGCAGAGUGGACAGUGAGAGAGAGAGACAGAGAGAAAGGUCUUCCUUUUGCCAUUGUUUCACCCUCCAAUGGCUGCUGCGGUAGGCGCGCUGCGGCCGGCGCACCGCGCUGAUCCGAUGGCAGGAGCCAGGUGCUUCUCCUGGUCUCCCAUGGGGUGCAGGGCCCAAGGACUUGGGCCAUCCUCCACUGCACUCCCUGGCCACAGCAGAGAGCUGGCCUGGAAGAGCGGCAACCGGGACAGGAUCAGUGCCCCGACCGGGACUAGAACCUGGUGUGCCAGCGCUGCAAGGCGGAGGAUUAGCCUAGUGAGCCGCAGCGCCGGCCCUCAUCCAUUAUUUUCAAGACUUGGUGGUAAUAGAAGUUCUGGACCAGCAUUCAAAAGAGAGGCAUGAAUGGAUUAGAAGACAGUGGUCUUAAGGAUGUAGCCUGGGGUGGAGAGAUAACCUCUCAUAUCUGAGAGUCACCACCUGCACUGCUUCCUACCACAUGCACAUUACUUCAUUCCACUACCAGGAUCUCUAGAAAUGGAGGUGAUGAUAGCAUUUGAAGACCUGGCUGUGUACUUUACCUGGGAGGAAUGGCAGAACAUGAACAAUGCUCAGAAAAUCCUGUACAGAGAUGUGAUGCUGGAGACCUACAGCAGCCUCUUCUCCUUGGGGCACUGCAUUACCAAACCUGACUUGAUCUUCAAGUUGGAGCGAGGAGCAGAGCCAUGGAUGGUGGAAGAAUGCCUGAAUCAGAGCCUUCCAGUGGUCAUGAAAAGGGAUGACCUGGUUAGGAUCAACCAGGAAAGUCAGGACAAAAAUCUGAAUCAGGAUUUUAUGAAAAAUAACAAGACAUCAGCUCACAAGAGAGUUGAAUUAAGAAAAACACUUAGUUUAAAUUCAAGCCAUAUUCCAACACUGAUUAUUAAAAAGGGAACCUAUUCACAAUUGAAGCCCGAGGAAUUCAGUAAAUGUCACACUGUUUAUCCCCACAGUGGGCCUGAUCAACUACAGGAUGGAGAGAAAUUUGAUAACACUAAGAUGCAUGGAAAUUCUCUCCAGUUUUGUGAGCCUCUUGGUCAGCAUGACAAUAUCCAUAUCAUGAAGCAGCCAUUUGGACCCACUGGACAAGCAAAAUUCUUCACAAGAAAGAUGCUCUGUAAAUCUGAGAGGGUUCCUAUGGCAGAAAACUGUAAUAAAUCAACUGUCACUUUUGGAAAAGUAACUCAAAUAGAAAAAGCUAUCCAUGAAACUUCUAGCCUCAAUAUGCAUCAACAAACUCACACAAGAAAGAAAUUUUAUAAGUACAUUAGCUAUGUUGAACCUGUCAUUCACCAGCCACAAACUGCAAUAAAUCACAGACUAAAUACAAGGGGAAAAUUCUCUACAUGUAAACCUUGUGAAAAUUCACUCAGUUUUAAUUCACCUUAUGAAUGCAAUGACUGUGGAAAAACCUUUGGACAAAAGUCAUACAUUCUUAUACAUCAGCGAAUUCACACAGGGGAGAAACCUCAUGAAUGUAAUGACUGUGGAAAAGCCUUUAGAUACAAGUCAGUCCUCAGGAAACAUCAGCAAAUUCACACAGGGGAGAAACCUCAUAAAUGCAAUGACUGUCGAAAAGCCUUUGGACGAAAGUCACACCUCAUUAUACACCAGCGAAUUCACACAGGGGAGAAACCCCAUGAAUGUAAUGACUGUGGAAAAGCCUUUGGACAAAAGUCAAACCUCAUAAUGCACCAGAGAAUUCACACAGGGGAGAAACCUCAUAAAUGCAAUGACUGUGGAAAAGCAUUUGGACACAAGUCACACCUCAUAUCACACUGGAGAAUUCACACAGGGGAGAAACCCCAUGAAUGUAAUGACUGUGGAAAAGCCUUUGGACGAAAGUCAUGCCUCAUCAUACACCAGCGAAUUCACACAGGAGAGAAACCUCAUAAAUGUAAUGACUGUGGAAAAGCCUUUGGAUACAAGUCAAACCUCAUGAGUCAUCAGCAAAUUCACACAGGGGAGAAACCUCAUGAAUGUAAUGACUGUGGAAAAGCCUUUGGACAAAAGUCAAACCUCAUCAUGCACCAGAGAAUUCACACAGGGGAGAAACCUCAUAAAUGCAAUGACUGUGGAAAAGCCUUUGGACACAAGUCAGUCCUCAUCACACACCAAAGAAUUCACAUGGGGCAGAAAACUCAUGAAUGUAAUGACUGUGGAAAAACCUUUGGACAUAAGUCAGACCUCAGGAAACAUCAGCAAAUUCACACAGGGGAGAAACCUCAUAAAUGCAAUGACUGUGGAAAAGCCUUUGGACAAAAGUCAAACCUCAUUAAUCAUCAGCGAAUUCACACAGGGGAGAAACCUCAUAAAUGUAACGACUGUGGAAAAGCCUUUGGACGAAAGUCACACCUCAUUAUACACCAGCGAAUUCACACAGGGGAGAAACCUCAUAAAUGCAAUGACUGUGGAAAAGCCUUUGGACAAAAGUCAAACCUCAUUAAUCAUCAGCGAAUUCACACAGGGGAGAAACCUCAUAAAUGUAAUGACUGUGGAAAAGCCUUUGGAUACAAGUCAAACCUCAUGAGUCAUCAGCAAAUUCACACAGGGGAGAAACCUCAUGAAUGUAAUGACUGUGGAAAAGCCUUUGGAAGAAAGUCACAGCUCAUAAUGCACCAGAGAAUUCACACAGGGGAGAAACCUCAUAAAUGCAAUGACUGUGGAAAAGCCUUUGGACACAAGUCAUACCUCCUCAUACAUCAGCGAAUUCACACAGGGGAGAAACUUCAUAAAUGUAAUGACUGGAAAAGCCUUUGGACGAAAGUCACACCUCAUUAUACACCAGCAAAUUCACACAGGGGAGAAACCCUAUGAAUGUAAUGACUGGAAAAGCCUUUGGAUGAAAGUCACACCUCAUUGUACACCAGAGAAUUCACACAGGAGAGAAACCUCUUAAGUGUAAUGACUGGAAAAGCCUUUGGACACAAAUCACACCUCAUAUUACACCAGAGAAUUCACAUGACACAGAAAACUCAUGAAUAUAAUAACUGGAAAAGCCUUUGGAUGAAAAUCACACUUCAUCAUACACCAGAGAUUUAGCACAGGGGAGAAACCUCAUAAAUUAAUGACUGGAAAAGCCUUUGGACAAAUGUCAGAUCUCAUGAAACAUCAGCAGUUCACACAGGAGAGAAACCCUAUGAAUGUAAUGACUGUGGAAAAGCCUUUGGACAAAAGUCAAACCUCAUGAAACAUCAGCAAAUACACACAAGGCGGAAACCUCAUGAAUGUAAUGACUGUGGAAAAGCCUUUGGAUGAAAGUCAAGCCUCAUAAUGCACCAGAGAAUUCACAGAGGGGAGAAACCCCAUGAAUUUAAUGACUGGCAAAGCCUUUGGACAAAAGUCAAACCUCAUAAUGCACCAGAGAAUGCACACAGUGUUGAAACUUCAUGAGUGUAAUGACUAUGGGAAAACUUUUGGUCUUAAGUUCCAACUCCAACUGCAUCAGAGGAUUCACACAGGGAAAUAACAUUAUAAAUGUAAUGGCUGUGGAAAAGCCUUUUUCUAUAAAUUAUACCUGAUAUCAAAACAGAAUUCACACAGGCAAGAGACGUUAUGAAUCUAAUGAGUGUGGGAAAGCCUUUUGUUACAAAUCAUAGCUCAUAUCACACCAGAGAAUUCACACUGGGGAGAAACUUCAUGAAUGCAAUCACUGUAGAAAAGCCCUUGGCAAUAAGUCACAUCUCAGAAUGCAUCAGAAAAUUCACAUGAAGAGAAACCUUUUGGACAUAAUGACUUGGAAAGCUUUUUCCCAUAAUGCAGUCCUCAUUGCACAUCAUCUAAUUCAUAUGGGGGAAAACACUUUGGAUCUAAUGCAUAUGGAAAAGCCUUUAUCCAUAAGUAACACCUCAUAAAACAUCAGAAUUCACAUGGGGGAGAAACCUUAUGAAUGGAAUGAGUGUUGGAAAACUCUACCAAAAUCACAACAAUAUAACAUCAGAAAAUUGAUUACAUAAUAGAAAUCUUGUAAUAAGUGUGGGAAAGGCUUUUGUCAGAAGUAAUACCUCAUAACACAUGUAGUUCAAACAAGGGAGAGAACUUUUUCCAAAGUCAACAUAACCAUGUGACAGAGCCUUUUGCUGGAAAUUACAUCCCAUACAAUAGGCACUCCCAUAAGGAAGAAAGAUUGGGACCAGCCCUGUGGCACAGUAGGUUAAAGCCCUGGCCUGAAGCACUGGCAUACCAUGUGGGCACUGGUUCUAGUCCUGGCUGCUGCUCUUCUGAUACAGCUCUCUGCUAUGGCCUGGGAAAGCAGUAGAAGAUGGCCCUGCACCCACGUGGGAGACACAAAAGAAGCUCCUGGCUCCUGGCUUCUGAUCGCUGCAGCUCCAGCCAUUGCAUCCAUCUGGGGAGUGAACCAGCAGAUGGAAGACCUCUCUCUCUCUACCUCUCUCUGUAACUCUGUCUUUCAAAUAAAUAAAGUAAAUUGUUAAAAAAGGAAGAAAGGUUAGAAAUAUUAGUGUGAAAAAAAGCCAUUUGUCAGAAAUUGAUCACUAUACAUCAGAGAAUUCACACAAAGGGUUUCUUUGGAGUGUAAUGAAUGUAGAGUAUAAUGAAUGAAUGUAUAUUUUCAUGGUAUUCAGGCUGUCAUAAAUAUGCAACUCAAAAAAGGUGAUAUCCUUCAAGUGCAGUAGAUGUGAAAAAAGCAUAACCAGAAAUUAAACAGGCAGGCGCCAUGGUUCAGUAGGAUAAUCCAGUUCUAGUCCCAGCUGCUUCUCUUCCAAUCCAGCUCUCUGCUGUGGUCUAGGAAAGCAGUGAAAUAUGGCCGAAGUGCUUGGGCCCCUGUACACAUGUGGAGACCAGAAAAAAGCUCCUGGCUCCUGGCUUUGGAUCAGGGCAGCUCUGGCCAUUGUGGCCAUCUGGGGAGUGGACCAACAGAAGGAAGACCUUUACCUAUGACUGUAUUGUAAUGGGAAAUAUCUUUAUUAUUAGGCAAACUUCCACAAAACAUAGCAAGAUUACAGAGAGAAGUCCCUGAAGUAUAAUUUGUUUGGAAGAAUUCUUUGGUGGAAUCACACCUUAGUAAGUAUUGGGGCAGUUUUCAUGAUGAAUUGUGACAGAGAGUGGUUAACCGUUCUUCAGAAAUUUUUUCUCUUAUACAACCUGUAGUUUUGGUUUCUCAUUAUUGUGAGUGCGAUAAAGUAUAUGAACUGAACUGUACUCUCUUAUGUAAGU